AUGAUAGAUCCUAAUGAUAGAUACGUGACUGAGAUGCUGGCUCCUCAGCCUCAAUAUCUUCCCAGACCUGACCUAGCUUUAAAUGUAGAUGACAUAAUUGGCUUCCUCACUCAUGAUAUGGAUAUAAUUGACCAAAAAAUCUAGCUUCCCAUUGAGAUUCAAAAUAUGUAAAAGCCCUUACUACAGCAGUAGCCAUUACAAUAAAACUUAGAGUACCAAGCAAACAUCGCAUCAAAUUUGAGUGAACCAAUACCAAGACCAGGUGCAUAUGACUUGAAUACCUUUGAAGAGAAUAAGUCUUCUACUUCCCCUGAUAAAUGGAGUACCAUGUCUAAUAUAUCAACAGAUCCCAAUCUAAUACCACCACCUUCUAUGACAAAUCAACAGUAAUAGUUUUAGACUCCUGAACUGACAAUGUAAAAUUAAGCUUACAUACCAUAGUAUAAUGUAAACAAGACCUUUGUUGAGAAGUUGAAUGAGUUUAGGCAAAAGUAACAGUACUAUCCUGAAGAGUAGAGGUUUUCUUAUAUUCAGGUUGAGAUAUUAGAGUAUCUGAGAGAUAUCCUAGAUAUGAUGUGUACAAGGAAGCAGAGCGUCAACUAGGAAAACAGAUUAUUUUUGAUUGACUAAUUAUAAGGUAGACUAAAAGAUCAGAAAAUAGAAGUUGAUCGAGAUCAAAUCGGUAGGGUGCUUGACUCACUAAAGAACAUUCAAGAAUCCCCAGGAUUGAGUUAGGAAGACAAAAAUCUGUUUUUAAAAAGAAUGCUGGCUACCUAUUACAAAGUUGGAUUCGAUGCUUAUGUUAUCAGAGAAGCUGCUUGGCUAUCAAAACCAACAUGGAUUGUGCUAAUGAUAUGUUACCUAGCUGAUGCUGGGUUGAGCUACAGACAGUAUCAGGAAGGAGUGAUUUCAUCUGAGGAGUUUAGGCAUACCUCAUCAUUCCUUUCAUUGUCCAAAGUUCCAUCAGUAUUAGGAGGAAUAUCAGGAACUGCGGUAGGAUUUGUACUUGGAUCUAUGCUACUUCCCGGAGCUGGUAGCGUCUUAGGCUCUGUAAUUGGCGGUUUGGCAGGUGGACUCAUAGGAGACAGAACUUCUCUAGCGCCUUAUUAGAUAAUGGAAGAUAGAAUUCAGUAAAUGAAAGAUAUGAAGAUUGUUGAAUCUUAAGAGAUCGAAACUGGAGAGCCAAUUAAAAUAUUAAUAACAAACGACAGAUAUGACGAAGCUUUAACAAUUAUUGGAGCAAGUGAAAAUGAAUCAAUAUCCUCAAUCGAGGAUAAGUAUCUUGAUAAGAUGAAGUAACUUACAGAUGAGGUGCACAGAGCAAAACUCAAGCAAGAUAUUUUCACCCAGCAGGAGACUCAUCAGAAAUUGCUAUAGUUAAAUAGAGCAUACAGAGAUGUCAGAAGAAGAAGAAAUUACAGCUUUUGA